AUGGCGCCCUCACCCUGUUUCCACUGUCAAACCAACCGGGCAGUAAUCAUCCGACCAAAAAACCGCGAAAAGCUCUGCCGAACCUGUUUCAUCAACGUUUUCGAAACCGAAGUCCACGAAACAAUCACCAGCACCUCCCUCUUCUACCCUGGGGAACGGGUCGCCAUCGGUGCCAGCGGUGGAAAAGACAGCACCGUCCUUGCCUCCGUACUGAAGACCCUGAACGAGCGCUACAACUAUGGCCUCGAUCUCUGCCUCCUCUCCAUUGACGAGGGUAUCAAAGGCUAUCGCGACGACAGUCUAGAGACAGUCAAACGCAAUGCCGAGCAAUAUGACAUGCCACUGGAGAUCGUCGGGUACGACGAGUUAUACGGGUGGACGAUGGAUCAGGUCGUGGCGCAGGUGGGCAAGAAAGGCAACUGCACAUACUGCGGAGUGUUCCGACGCCAGGCGCUAGACCGCGGUGCGGCGCGAUUAGGUAUCAAGCAUGUUGUUACGGGGCAUAAUGCGGAUGAUGUUGCGGAGACGGUUAUGAUGAAUCUGCUGCGGGGUGAUCUGCCGCGCUUGUCGAGGGGUACGAGUAUCGUUACAGAUUCGGCUGCGUCAGAUAUCAAACGCAGUAAGCCUUUGAAGUAUGCGUAUGAGAAGGAAAUCGUGCUCUAUGCCCACCAUAAGCAGCUGGAUUAUUUCAGUACCGAGUGUAUCUACUCGCCUGAGGCGUUUCGGGGUAGUGCGCGGACACUGAUUAAGGAUUUGGAGAAGAUUCGGCCCAGCUCGAUUUUGGAUAUUGUUAAGAGUGGGGAGGAUAUGGCGGAGCUUGUCCCUGCGGAGGUUAAGGGUAAAGCCUGUGCUAGGGCUGCGGAUGAUGAGUCGGCUGGCGGAUGUGGCAGCCAGAAUGGCCGGACGCGUGGUGGUGAGAUGGCGGAGAUGGAAAAGAAAUUGGCUGAUGAUGAAGCGGCGGAGUCGAGAGAGGUUGAGAUCAAGCUGCCCGCACAGAGUAUUCCCCUUCCUCGUAAGAAGCAGAACAAGGGAAUCAAGGGCUCAACGCAGAAGACCAUAAAGACGCAAACGAUGGGCACAUGCGAACGGUGCGGAUAUAUAUCGAGUCAGAAGAUUUGCAAGGCAUGCACCCUACUCGAAGGACUGAAUAAGAACCGGCCCAAGACCGCGAUCGAAGUGGGCGUGGGAUUGGAAGAUGAAGAAAGCAGCAGCACACUCAUGCGGCAGAUGGAAAAAGUCCAAUUGGGUGGCUGA